AUGUUUGAAGUAUUCGAUCAACGCCAAUACAAUUGGCAACCACACCUUGGACAUCUGCCCAAUGUUCGUAGCCGAGAAACUAUCCUUGCCUUGGCCCAGAUGGCGAACAAUGCAUACUCUCCGGAUGAAAAAGGAACUGAUUGGAGGGACAUGGAUGAAAAUUGGAAAAAUGGAUCGUAUGGAUAUAGUGACAAUGGUGUCCGAGUACAAGUUUUUGGUAACGAUGAGAAAAACUUGUUUGUCAUUGCUGUCAAGGGCACAAGCGCCGGCGUCUGGCCUGGACCAACCAAUGGCAACGAUAAAUUGAAUGAUAAUUUAUUAUUUUCCUGUUGUUGUGCACAUCCCUUCCCAGCUUGGCAACGAGUAUGCGAUUGCUUUACUGGUCAACGUAAUGAGUGCAAUAAGGACUGCUUGAGGGACAGUGUUUUAGACAAAAAUCUCUACUAUCGUACUGCAAUGGAUGUCUAUUAUGAUGUGAUCGAAUCCUAUCCGGACUCCACCAUUUGGUUUACCGGACACUCCUUAGGCGGUGGUAUAGCAUCCCUGCUGUCCCUCACCUUUGGCCACCCUGCCGUUACAUUUCAAACCCCUGGUGAUCGCGUUGCCGCUGAGAGACUGCAUUUACCGCCCAAAGGACGACCUGAAUGGACAUAUCCAAUUUGGCAAUUUGGUAAUACCGCAGACCCGAUCUUUGAAGGUGUGUGCUCUGGACCCAGUAGCGUUUGCUGGCUAGGAGGGUUCGCCAUCGAAACCCGAUGUCAUAUUGGCCGAACCUGCGUCUGGGACACAGUGGGAUAUAAUGGCUGGCGAGUGGAUAUCCAAGCCCAUCGCAUUAGUGUUGUCAUCGAUCGCAUUCUCAACCAGACAGAGUCGGAAUAUCCAAUGCCAGAGUGCCGCCCUGAAACGGACUGUGAGGAUUGCUCACUAUGGAAAUAUGUAGAUGGUAUAGUGAAUCAUACGCAAGGUUAUCACCUACAGUGA